AUGGCAAACAUGACAACAAAAUUCUGGGGUCAGCUUCUUCUUCCUUCAUAUCCUAUAUUCCCAAAAAACUCUCUCUCAGUAAUCAGCAGUUCUGGUUCUGCUGCAGAUUCAAACCAAUUAACGAUAGAAUCCCACCACCAAAACAACACAGAUAAACCGUCUUUACUCUUAUCCAAUGUGCUCUCAGUCGCCAUUGCUUUAACUCUAUCCACUUCUCAGUCUCCAUUACCAGCAUUGGCAAUUCCAUCUGUCAGUGGUUCUCAAACUUCCAAGCCCCCUUUGCUUUCUCCAACCACCCCAUUUUCUCAAGCGAAGAACUUGCCUACUGGGCUCGAAAAUGGGAAAAUCCGGCCAUGCCCCUCAAUUAAUCCAGGUUGUGUGUCGACGAAUCCAAAUUCAGCUUCUUUUGCAUUCCCAUGGACGAUCCCCGAAACCUCUGUAGAAGAUGCCAUUCAGCAAUUACAGGAUGCAAUCACGAAAACUCAGAAGAAUGUGACAAUCCAAAGUGUGGAAGACACCUCCAAUGGUAAGUAUCUGCAGGCUGAGGUUGAUGGAGGAUUUGGGCGAGACGUGCUGGAAUUUUUAGUCAAAGGAGAUACAGUCACAUAUCGAGCUAUGGCAACAAAAGUGGUAUAUAUCUACCCCUUCACCACAGCUUUUGGGAACUCAAAAGGGCAAGAAGAAAGAAUGAACCAAAUUGUGGAACAUUUAGGAUGGUAUUCUCCAAGUCUUGAUUUGUCAGAAGACUCAUUAGAAAAUUGA